CCGAGGACCAAUGAGGAUACAGGGGUUUGGUGACGUCAUAUGCGCAGACCGGCGUUCGAUUUUGUAAGGUGCGUUGAACGGCAUAGAAUCGCGUGGACUGAUCGGUGUAUUUCAGUGCAGAAUGAAAUCGUGCCGUUUUCGCACAACUCUAACUAUUAGUAUGAAAAAGUUUAAACGUGCUCUUCUUUCUGUUCAAUAAGAGUGAGCCCGAAUGAAGCAGACACCUUUAACCUUACUCGUCUUAAUGAACUGACUGAGCGCAGUCACGUCAUCAUGUGCCGAGCUGGAAUUAAAUCCCCCUGUUCCUCUGUUUGCCGUCCUGAUCAUCUGAAAGCACAAGUUUUGGUUUAGUAUCUUCAGUCACAUUUUGAAAAAGAUCUCAAUGAUUGGUUCAAAGUACCACGUUUCUCUGCCCUUGGCUGCUGGAGCCAUAUUUAUUGCCAUUCCUUAUAGCAUCUCACUUCUUACCCAGUGGGUGUAUGGAUGGCCCAACUACCCAGGAUAUCGAAAGUAUAUAGAAGCCCUAAAACCCAGGCGGAUCUACUAUGUAACCCGAGCUGUGUUGGAAACUCUGAAAUAUCUGCAAUACGGCAAACUGUACUUUCAGUGGAAAUUGUGGUACAAGAAUGUUGAUAAUCACAAACAUUAUGAGAAGGGCAUCUCUUUUGGCCGCCAUGGCAACAAACUGGAUUUGUACUAUUCUCCCAAAAUGGACCGAUCCAGCAAUACCCUUUCAUCUGUAGUUGUUUUUGUCUAUGGAGGUGCAUGGGGUUCAGGAGAAAGGUCCACAUAUUGUUUACUGGCCCUUCAGAUGGCAAAGGAGCUCAAUGCAACUGUGGUCUGCCCUGAUUAUUCCAUCUAUCCAAAGGGAAAUGUUUUAAGUAUGGUUCAAGAUGUUGCUGACUGCCUGGUUUGGCUGAGAAACAAUGGGCAUAUGUUCAAUAUUGACACAGGCAGUAUUGUAAUGAUUGGCCAUUCAGCAGGUGCUCAUCUGUGUGCAUUGACCACUCUCUUUCUGGUGGAGGGUGUUGAUGAGCUGGCAAUAGAGGCAGAAACACAGAAGGAAAUUACCUGUUCCAUCAAAGGGGUUAUAGGACUGAGUGGAGUGUAUGAUGUCGUGGACCAUUACCAGCACGAAAAAAUUCGAGGAAUUGAGUAUGUGUCCACAAUGCACAGAGCCAUGGGAGGAAUGGAUAAAUUUGAUAUUUACUCACCUAGAACUUUCUUAGGGAAACUUAAUGAGGGUGCUCUGAAAAGACUUCCUCCUUUCGGCUUGCUCCACGGAACAGAUGACAUCGUUGUUCCUGUAGAGUCUUCAGUCCAGUUCUCUGAGGCUCUCACGUCCCUCUCUGCGAAGGUGUCCCUCUAUUUGCUGCCCAAGAUGAACCACACUGAGAUUGUCACUGACCUUAUGGCACCGGACAGGCACUUCUACCACAUUGUAUUUGGGUGUAUCAAACAGGAGUUCCAUAAAUUCAUAGCAAAGUGUUGACAAAAUGGGCACUGAUUCCAUAAUGCUGUAGUUUCUCUGCAGUUUUUUUUCUUUUUUUUUUCUUUUUUUACUAUUCAGUUCAUUUGAAGUGGCGCA